AUGUCCAGCUUCACUGGUUCGGUGCUGGUGACUGGCGGCACGACGGGUCUGGGAUUCCAUGCGGCGGCCGAGAUCGCGCGGCAACGCCCUGACCACUGCAUCGUGAUCGCAGCUCGCACGGACGCAGGGGGGAGUGCCGAGUCGAUCAAUCGGCGGGUGCUCGGUAGUGAGGACCAUGAUCAUCAUCGCCGUAGAGUGCAAUUCAUGGUUUUGGAUCUGGGAGACUUGAAGAGCGUCAGGGCCUUCGUCGCGAGAUGGGCCGAGCAAAACCUCCCGCCGAUCUCAAUCCUCUUGCUCAACGCAGGUCGUCAAUUCCCCUUUGGAGACAUUCAAUACACUGCGGACGGAUUCGAGGCGACCUUUGGCAUUAACCACAUGGGACACGCGCUGCUGUUCUAUCUCCUGCAGCCGCACCUGGCCAACGAAGCGCGCAUCGUCGUCACCGCCAGCGGCACGCACGACCCGUUGCAGAAGACGGGCAUGCCGCCCCCAAUGUACACGAGUGCUGAGGAUCUGGCACACCCUGCCUCGCCCGCGGCGCUCAAGGCGCCAGGCCGCCAACGCUACACGAGCAGCAAGCUGUGCAACGUGCUCUGGACAUACGCGCUGGACCGACGCUUGGGACGCCCACCUUCACGCCAAAAAUGGACCGUCGUCGCAUUCGACCCUGGGCUAAUGCCCGGCACCGGCCUGGCCAGAGGGUACCCGGCCGUCGCGCGGUUCAUGUGGAAGCGAGUGCUCCCGUCAUUGAUACCGCUGCUGCGACUCGUUCUGUCGUCGCCCAACAUCCACACGCCAGAGGAGUCCGGAGCCGCACUUGCAUGGCUGGCUCUCGACGCGGAGGUUAGGAUGCAAAGCGGCGUGUACUUUGAGGGGAGGAGGCAGAUCAAGUCGAGCGUGGACAGUUACGACGAGACCAAGCAGGAGGAGUUGUGGGCGUGGACGGUCAAAACGCUGGCCAGGGAUGAGCAGGAGAGGCGCCGGUUUGAACUCGUCGAGACGUAG